AUGAAACUCUCCAAAUCCUUCCUCAACCGUAACGGCGGAGCUGCCUCCUUCUUCUUCCUCCGCCGCCGCCGCUCCAAAACCGGCGGCCCAUCCACCGCCGACAACCCGGAACCGUCAUCCCCCAAAGUAACCUGCAUAGGGCAGGUGAGGGUGAAAUCGAAGAGGAGAGGGAGGCAGCACCGCCGCAGCCUCUCUCAGCGGCGGACGGGGGAGGCGAGCUUCCGGAGGGCGGAGCAGCUGCAGGAAGAGCGCAAGAACCAGAGGUGGGUCCACCUGCCGGCGUCCGCCCUGCGCGCCUUCGGGUCCGAGUUCACCUGCUUGUUGUUCCCCUGCUGUUGCAGCCAUUGUCGAAUCACCAAGAGCGGAUGCUGCUAUUGUUGUUCUAAUGAUGGUAAUGAGUGUGGGCAAGAAAAUGGGGCGGUUUGGGGGAGAUGCCCGGUGUGCUGCGGUGGGCGGCGGAGGGAAACUGAGGCGGUGUCCGGCGGCAGAGACGAGGCGGAGGCGGAGGAGGAGAGUGAGAGUGUGUGUGUGUGGAAUUGCAGGAGGCGGCACGUAUUUGAUAAUAUUGAGGUUAGGAAUGGAAGAAUUGAGGUUAGAGGGCGGAGUUUGGAGGUUGAAGAUGAAGAAGGAAAAGAAGAAACGGGGAGAGUCAGCAUUUGUAUACCUCCGAAGAAUGCGCUUUUGCUUAUGAGGUGUAGAUCUGAUCCCACCAAAAUGGCUGCUCUUGCUAAUAGAUACUGUAGUUGGGAGCAUACAAAUCAGGGGGAUAUUCAAGAAGAAGACAAAGAUGAUGAUCAUGGAAAACCAGGAAAUUUGGUGUUAGAGAAAUUACCAGAAAGUGUGUUUGAAGGUGAAAUGGGAGGUGUUGAGCAAGAGAUCCAAAAUGAGUUGAAGCUUCAGUUGGAAAAUGAUUCUGAAGAGAAUCUUGUAGUGGAUAAUAGUGGGGAACAAGAAGAUGAAAUUAAGGCCAAAGAUGACGAAGAAGAAGAAGAAGAGGUUGAGUCCAAUAUGUCCUCAUUUGAAGCUCUGUUAGACCAAGAAAACUUGGAUUGCAACUACCAAGAAAAUGUAGAAGAAGACGAAGAAGAAGAAGAGAAAAAGACAGAGGAAACGAGUCUUGAAGAAGAUGAUGAAAAACAAGAACCAAUCGGAACACCGAAAGAUCAACCACUCGUAAACAGCGAGCAAUUCGAAAACAGCAAGGAACAUGAAGAACAUGAAGAAGAAGAAAAAGAAGAAGAAGAGAGGAAGCAAGUGCUGCCCGAUUGCCUGCUGCUGAUGAUGUGCGAGCCCAAGCUAUCAAUGGAGGUCUCCAAGGAGACCUGGGUUCGGGGCGCCGACUUCAUCAGAUGGCUACCUGAGCGGCCGCGCAGGCCCGCUAGAGCCGCCGGCGGCGCCUGCGAGCACCAUCAGGUCGGGGGAAGGCUUCCUCCCGCCGCCGACCCGAGGACGAAAAGGCCGGUUCCUGUCCCGGCUCCGUCCUUCAGGAAGAGCGAAGUCCACCGCCAUCAGCCGCCGCGGUCGUCGUGUUCGCUCCCGGCGGCGGCAGCACCGAUGGCCCCCGGUAGGGCGGGACCUUUCUCGCUGACGAGGUGCAAAUCGGAGCCGAUGAGUACAGCGGCCGCCAAGCUGGCGCCAGAACCGUGCGUGUGGGGAGACCGCGGCGGCGGCGGCGGCGUGAAGCUGGAGCCGCACGGGCGGGCCGCCGUCGGCGGGGCUGGAGUCGGGUUCUGA